AUGUAACUUUCAUUUCCUGGUAGGUAAGGGUCACAGUGCAGUUCGGAGUUUCCAUUGAUGGGAGUGUAGUUUAAUUUAAGGAACGGAUUUUUUCAUUACAAUCAUUCCUCCUUAGUUUUUAUGAUGUUUCGAGCACUCUUUCGCACCGGUGGGGCGCUUCUUCAGCAAACACAACGAACAGCGCCGAGGUUGUGGGUGACCCCAGUCCAGCAGCGAUGGGCGUCCAGUCUGCCCAUGAACACUGUGGUCCUGUUCGUACCCCAGCAGGAAGCAUGGGUGGUGGAGAGGAUGGGGCGCUUUCAUCGCAUCUUAGAACCGGGGUUAAAUUUCCUCAUACCAUUACUUGACCGGAUCCGCUAUGUGCAAAGUCUCAAAGAGAUUGUCAUCGAUGUCCCCGAGCAGUCUGCAGUAUCUUUAGAUAAUGUAACUCUACAGAUUGAUGGAGUGUUGUAUUUACGAAUCUUGGACCCUUUCAAAGCCAGUUAUGGUGUGGAGGAUCCUGAAUAUGCUGUUACACAGCUGGCACAGACGACCAUGCGUUCUGAAUUGGGAAAACUCACACUAGACAAAGUGUUCAGGGAAAGAGAGUCCCUGAAUUCCAACAUUGUGCACUCCAUUAACCAAGCUUCAGAUGAAUGGGGCAUCCGGUGCUUGCGAUAUGAAAUUAAAGAUAUACACGUUCCACCUCGGGUGAAGGAGUCUAUGCAAAUGCAGGUGGAGGCUGAACGUAAGAAAAGGGCCACUGUGCUGGAGUCUGAAGGGACGAGGGAAGCAGCCAUUAAUGUCGCAGAGGGCCGUAAACAAGCUCAAAUUCUUGCGUCUGAGGGUGAAAAGGCAGAACAGAUCAAUAAAGCGGCUGGUGAAGCCCAAGCAGUCUUAGCCAAAGCUGAAGCCAAAUCCAAGGCCAUCCGCCUGCUGUCUGACGCUCUGACUGAGCAGAAUGGAAAUGCUGCUGCAUCACUAAGCGUGGCUGAACAGUACGUGUCUGCAUUUUCCAACCUUGCCAAAGAAUCCAACACUGUUCUUCUCCCGUCUAAUACUGGGGACAUUAGCAGCAUGGUCACACAGGCCAUGACCAUUUACAGUAGAUUGUCUAAGACAAGCCCGAAGGUCCAACCAAGAGAGGUAGAAGAGGAAAGCGAAGAUGUCAAUCAACCAGAAUCAUCUCAGUAGAAGAGGGCACAAUGAAUAAAGUCAAACCACAACAUGAUGCAGCACAAGAGGAGUAAAUCAGAAACUCUUUGUCUUGUUCCGUGCUUCUGGAGUGAGAUUUCUGACUCUUGUUUGGCAGGUCAUAACUAUCACUUAUUGCAGGUUGAUUGAUAUACUAUUGCGUUUAUCAGUGUAAAAAUGUAAUUUAGUUUACUCAGACAGGAUCUUUACCUUUCUAUUCACGUAAUUGUAGAAAUAAAAGUACAGUAAAAGAGGCAAUUCAACUGUAGCAGCUUUGAGUUGCCACAUUUCUCGAUGAAUUUGGGAGAAUUCAAAGUGUAGUAAAUGUAUUAAAAAGAAUACUGUCUUAAAAAGUGUGGAAGAGUUGAACACUUUCAUUCAGAAAUAUUUUUCUUCCUUUGUAGUUGGAACAUAAGAUCUCUGUACCUCUCCCUCAAAUUUGUAUUCAGUGCUUACUUAGUAUCAUGAGUUGUAUUUAUUAAAUUU